CCCAACCUGACCACUGAAGUAAAGUCUGUGGAGAUGCACCACGAGUCUCUGCCUGAGGCUGUGCCUGGUGACAACGUGGGCUUCAAUGUCAAGAACGUCUCCGUGAAGGAAAUCCGUCGUGGAUACGUCGCCGGUGACAGCAAGAACGACCCACCCAAGGCUGCCGACAGCUUCAACGCUCAGGUCAUCAUCCUGAACCACCCAGGCCAGAUCAACGAGGGUUACGCCCCCGUCCUGGACUGCCACACCGCUCACAUCGCUUGCAAGUUCAAGGAGCUGAUUGAGAAGAUCGACCGUCGUUCUGGCAAGAAGCUUGAGGACAACCCCAAGUUUGUCAAGUCUGGAGACGCUGCCAUCGUCAAACUGAUCCCACAGAAGCCCAUGGUUGUGGAGCCCUUCUCAAACUACCCUCCCCUCGGUCGUUUUGCCGUGCGUGACAUGAGGCAGACCGUGGCCGUCGGCGUCAUCAAAGCUGUGGACACCAAGGACGUCGCCGGAAAGACAACCAAGGCUGCAGAGAAGGCCCAGAAGAAGAAAUGAAUGGUCGUGCAGGACGUCCAGCGAGGUGUCGUGUGCCGGCAGCUGCGGGCCGCGUCCUCCCCCAUCUCUCACCAUCAUGGGUCAUCUUCUCUGAGGCACAGCUCUCUACUCAAGGACUGGCUUAUGCUGAUUAAAACCCAUCGAAAGAGUUUUCGCAGGAAAAAACUUUGUGGCAUUGUCGCCUAAUUUCACAGGAUGGUGCCUCAGUUUAAGUUGGAAAUGGUUUAGAACUGUAUCUCUUCUCUUUAAACGCCACAAAUUAAUUGGAAAAGAAGCAGCUGGUAACUAAUGAAAAAUAAAUCUCUGAAAAAAUUGCAA